UUUUUUCCCUCUUUGAGAAACUGGCAUGUCUCCUUGUGAUUUCCGUGGUUUAUGCACGACUGUAGAGAAAAAUCGGCGACUUUUGUUCGACCCUGAGAAUUCGCGUAGAAUCGUUAGAGUUGUGACGCGUCGUGCAGUUUCAGUUGUUGACUUGUUUGCUUCCUGAAAUGCUAGGAGAUCAUGGAUCAAACUUGAUGCCUUACUCUGUUGCUGCAGUGAUGCUGCUCACUAGAGGAACCAUUUGUGCACAAUUAGUUUAGUGACAUGGGAAAUGUUGCUUACAAACAGAAUGCUUCCGUGCAUCGUGUUCCUAGAAAGAAUCGUAAUGCUGCCAUACUGUCAGUAUCGCUUAUUACUUUCGAUCGUUAUGGUUCUGAAAUGCAUUUUGUGUUGUUAACCACUGCAACAAUACACCAUUCCAUGAAAUGUGUUUCUGGGACAUCGUUGAGUAAAGUGCUAAAAUGCAUCUGUUCAUUUCCCCCUUUCAGGAACCCUCUAUCUGAUGAAGUGGCGUUUUGCUCGAAAUUCAGUUGAAUAUCAUCUACUUUGAUUAUCUCUUAUUCAACUGGAGUAUUGGGCCGCCUUUUUUGGCCAAUGGGGAUUGUCAAGAUAGCUAGUGGUGAGCCUGCAGCAAAGAGUGGUUACAGCUGCGGAGAUGAGGACCUUACACGAGAUGAAAGGAUGCUGCUUCAGAGCUUCCCAGUUCAUGAACCUGAUGACUCUGAACUUGCAGAGGUGGACUGUGAGCUUGCAAUGUCAAGAGGUCAGAUUUGCAAUGUGCCCUAUGGGCUUUAUGAUCUGCCUGACUUGAUGGAGGUUCUUUCUCUGGAAACGUGGAAUUCAUGCCUGACGGAAGAUGAUAGAUUCUGUCUAGCAGCUUCCCUCCCAGACAUGGAACAACAUGACUUCGUUACAACAAUGAAAGAGUUGUUUAAUGGUGAUGCUAUGUUCUUUGGAAGUCCACUUAGAAGCUUUUUCCUUAGAUUGAAGGGUGGGCUUUAUUCACCACAAGUUUCUCAGGCAAGAGAGUUACUGAUGACAUUUCAAAAACGAAGACAUUAUCAUUUCCUGAAGUUGUACCAUGAUGGUAUGGUUGGUAAAUUUGCAUCCGUGGCCAAGGUGUCGAGAAGUUCUGAUAUGAGUACUAGUCUUAGAGCGAAGGUUCCCAUCUCGCACAACUGGGCAUAUGAGAAGAGUUUGCCGUGUGUUGGUCUUAGCAUUUCCACUUUACCAACUACUAUCAAAGGUGAAACUGCCACUGUUUUGCCAAUGAAGCGAGCCAAACUUAUGGAUGUGUCAUCAACCACUCAUUGUUCAACCAUACAUAAUGAAACAGAUUAUGCAGCCAAAUCAGCAGAAAUGAACUCAUUGGAAAGUCCAAUCUUCCAUCCUCCCAGUCACCCCAGGCAAAAUUGUAGUAAAGUACCAAAAGGUGUGCUGAAAAUAAGGACUGGUUGUGCUUCUCUUAUUAAUGAAAGUAAAGGGUCACAUCACAGACCUGGACUGAUUCUAGUUGAUCAGUUAGGAAUGCAGAGCUCUAGCUUUUGCGCUCCACCUCAUGCUUUUGCACAUGAUGUACAUGGUUUUUCUGAGAAUUCAUCUUCUCACAUCAACACAGUCAGUGGUACGUCUGCUAGUCAACAACCAAGUCCCUUGCAAUGGAAGGGUACACUGGAAACUUAUGCACUGAUAGGCAAAAGCCCACCUGGAGUCCAAAUGACAGUUCCAGAGGAGCACAAUGCAGUUUACCCUUCCAUGAUGCUGAGAGACUUCUAUCCAGCAGCUAACCUUAGGUUAACAUGUGUCAAUGACGCAUAUGACACCAGAAAAUGUGCCCACAUGAAAGACCUUUUGAAGAACUUUGGUCAUCAGAACAAUAUAGCCCAUCAAAGUUCUCCUGAUCCAUGUGCGAGAGCUAGUGAUGAUCAUCAAAUGAAUGGAUACAAGACAACACACAGUUCAAGAAAUGCUGAAAGUAUUUCAGAGAUGUUGAACCUCGGCACAAGGAUGUACCCACCUCAUAACAGCUUUCCAGAGCAACUGGAAACCAUGAGCAAGUACCAUGAUGGCAUAAAGCUGGAGGCACCUCCUGCCAAGCCUGUUACUGAAGUUGGAGAAGCUCGACAAUUUGCUUACACCUACGCAAGGAGAAAGCCGCACAAGAGGUCAACUAUGGUGGAAGAUGCAGUGUCACCAAGUGUGCUAAACAGCAUGACCAACAUGAAAGCGAAGGCAAUCAAACUCUGAAGCUCGGCAAUUGCAAACAUUCAGAGCUGAACAUAACUGGGGAUAGAAUUUAGCAUCCACCUAACAUCGGAAAGCAUGCAUUUUUUUCCGUUCUCCUAUGACAUCGAUAGGACCAAAGUCUUCUAUAACUGAACUGUUGAAGUAUGCAAAUCAGCCAUAUCUUUCUCCUAAGUUCAGGGGGAUUUUUGCCUGCUAUACCAUACAUAUUCAGGAUUGUUGUUUCUUGAUGAGCUGAAUUAUUUCUUCUGCUAAA